CAUCAGGUGUGAGUUGCGGAACGGAGUGCCUGGAACGCGAUGAGAACUGUUUUAGCUUUGAUCGGUGUUAGCCUCUUGGCCUUGGCUGGCCUUGAGGCAUUGCCGCAGCAGCAGGAUGUUGAACAGCCGGUGGUACGCUCGGUGUGGAACCGAUUACACCGGGAGCCACCGAUCCGGGGUGGAGCUCCAACCAAGAAGGCCGCCCCAGUGACGACGAAGUACAUCAUGCAGCGUUUGGAUCAUUUCGAUCCACAAAACGUCAACACCUGGUCAAUGCGUUACAUGGAAAAUGGGGAACACUACCAAGCGGGUGGUCCGCUCUUUAUCUACGUGGGCGGCGAGUGGGAAAUAUCCGAGGGAAGUAUCUCCCGUGGUCACGUGUACGAUAUGGCCCAGCAGCUGAACGGAUAUCUCUUCUACACCGAGCAUCGCUAUUACGGCAAGAGCCAUCCAACUGUUGACUUACGGACGGAUAAAUUGAAGUACCUGAACAUCGAUCAAGCGCUCGCGGAUUUAGCACAUUUUGUCAUCGAAAUGCGCAAAACGAUUCCGGGCGCUGAAAAGUCCGGUGUCAUCAUGGUGGGUGGCUCGUACUCAGCGACCAUGGUCGCCUGGUUCCGGCAGAAGUACCCGCACCUUAUCAAUGGAGCGUGGGCCUCGAGUGCACCCGUGUUUGCCAAGAUGGAGUUUACCGAAUACAAGGAAAUCGUGAGUGAAAGCAUUCGGCUGGUUGGUGGAUCGAAUUGCGCCAAUCGGAUCGAGCGCGGUAUUCAGCAGGUCGAGGAGCUUAUCGCUAACCAGCAGUACGCCGCGGUAGCGGAGCAAUUCCGGCUGUGCAGUGAUGUGGAUCUUUCGAAGCCGCUCGAUGUGAUGAACUUUUUCAGCAGCAUCUCGGACGAGUUUGCCGGCGUCGUCCAGUACCACUCAGCGGGCGAUAUUGAGCAGGUGUGCGAGGUGAUCGAAUCCGUGCCGAAUGAAAUGGAAGCAUUGGCCAAGUUCAUCACCAGCUCGGUUGGUGGACAGUGCAACAACUACGGCUACAAGUCGAUGAUAGAUUUCUACAAAAACGUCGCCUGGAACCAUGCGGCAGCACAGAGUUCGAUGCGCCAAUGGAUGUACCAGACUUGUGCUGAGUAUGGUUGGUAUCAGAUCUCUGGAUCAUCGAACCAAAUUUUUGGAUCCAGCUUCCCGGUGGAACUGUUUGUGAAGAUGUGUGGCGAUCUGUACGAUGGAUUCUUCGAUGAGACUAGGAUCGAGAACAACAUCGCUCGUACCAACGUCAUCUACGGUGGCUGGAAUCCGGAAGUGACGAAUGUGUUCUUCACCCAGGGUCAUCUGGAUCCAUGGAGAGCGAUGGGCAUCCAGGCCGAUCUCAAUGAGCACUCGCCUGGUGUUGUAAUCCCAGGAGCAUCCCACUGUGCCGACUUGAGCUCGAUAUCCGAUAGAGAUUCCCAGGAGAUGCGAGAGGCCAAGGAAAAAAUAUUCGAACUGGUAAAACAGUGGUUGGCAUAAUCGCACCAGAAGUUGAAGAAUAAAGAAGCAAAUUACGCCGUGGCCCAGCCAAUGAUAAGCUGCAA